GAGUUGGCUUAUCUACCGAAGUAGUACGUCAUGUAAGUUUACCGAACAUUUUAUCUGUUGUCUAAAUACGAUUUUUAUUUUUUGAUUGCUGAAGUUGGUUUGCGAUUCGGACUUAAAAUGUCAGCUGGGAACAGAACCCUCCAAGGCGCAGCAAUGUCUCAGCAGCAGCAGCGGAAGAAGAAGAAGAAGAAGGAGGGCGUUCCUGAUCGGUGGCUGGACUACUGUCCCGUUGGAUCAAGGAUCCCAGGAACCAGGUUCAUUCCCUUCAAGGUUCCUUUAAAAGACGCCCUGAACUCCCAACUUCCUGUCUCCCAGUCCUUUAAUCUGAGGGACCUGGUGGACUCGGUGCGGCGGCAGAACCAGGAACUCGGUCUGAUCAUCGACCUCACCUUUACGACCAGGUACUACUCAGUGUCAGACAUCCCAGAGAACUUCGCCUACAUCAAGAUCCCCACAGAGGGUCAUCGCAUUCCAAACGACAAAACCAUUCUGAGCUUCAAGCACGCUGUGUGGCACUUCCUGAGGCAGAACCAGGACAACAACCGGUUAAUUGGAGUCCACUGCACCCACGGGCUGAACCGUACCGGCUACCUGAUCUGCAGGUACCUGAUCGAUGUGGACGGGUUGGACGCCGCAACAGCUCUGGAGCUCUUCACUUCCAGCAGAGGUCACCACAUCGAGAGGAAGAACUACAUCCGAGACCUUCAGUGCGCCGCCAAGAGGAGCAACAAAGGCAUCGACGAGCUGUAGAGAAACAUGAUCAUGGGGCUCGCCGUGGGGAAAUAACCAGCGAUGCUCAUAAAGCACGAGGAGAAGGAGAGGAAUUCAGUUACGGCUAGCUCUCUCUCUGCUUUACUCUGCUCCCGGUUACCGUUUAAUCAACCAAGAUCAACUUAUACUUCUAAUCCGGUUAUAACUCACACAAUAAAAAUCUGGAAUCAGUGCAGGAGGAUGUUUAAAAGUACGGAAUUAUUAAUAUCUGCUCCAGUAUCAAAUAAUCACAUGUUUGCUCCUUCACUAAUGGAUUCUGUUUUUUAUGCCUGGAGUUUAAAGGGAAUAACUUCUCUAAAUGAUCUUUAUAUAGACAAUAAGUUUGCCUCAUUCGAACAGCUCACACAGAAAUUUGACAUUCACAAGUCACAGUUUUUCAGGUAUUUACAAUUGAGACAUUUUGUAAUGUCAAAUUCUGGAUGUUUUCCUCUACAUCCACCAACUUCUCUUGUUGAUGAGGUUUUGAUGUGCAAGUCUGUAACAAGACGCUCUAUGAGUAGAGUCUAUUCCCUGCUCAGUUCAUUUAAUGAUACCAAUUUAGAUUCCUUGAGGGUCAAGUGGGAGAUGGACUUGGAGGAGUCCAUAUCAGAUACAGUUUGGCAAAAAAUUAUUCAAAAUAUCUAUUCGUCCUCAAUAUGUCUGAAACAUGUUAUAGUUCAAUUCAAGGUAGUACAUCGUUUACACUGGUCUAAGGACAGAUUGUGCAAAUUCAAAAGGGACUUGGAUCCGACGUGUGAUCGUUGUAAACAAUCUCCAGCCACACUUUUACACACAUUCUGGUCUUGUCCAAAGUUACACAGAUAUUGGCGAGGCAUUUUCGACACUUUUUCAGGAAUAUUUGGACAAAGUGUCUGUCCAUCACCACUCAUCUCUCUCUUUGGGGUGGCUCCAGCAGAGACCUCCUUCAGCAAACAUCAGAAGACUGUUAGCUUUCUGCUCUCUACUGGCUAAAGACUCAUUCUUCUUUGAUGGAAGGAUCCACAUCCUCCAAGAUAUGGACAUUGGUUAAGAGAAGUUAUGUCUUACAUUCAUUUAGAGAAGAUCAGAUAUACUGCUAGGGGAUCUGUAUAUAAAUUCUUUGACAUCUGUCAGCCAUUUAUAUCUUAUGUCGGGAAUAUUUCGGCAGAUAACUUUGUGUAAAGGUCAAAUAUUGGUUCUGUGUGUGCAAACCUGUGCUCUGUAUCGGCUGAUGUAUGAAUAAAAGGUGUAUUCUUGUUGGGUGUUGGGGUAGUAGAUCCGGUAUAGGAGGGGUGGGUUGGGAAGGAUUUUUGUUGUAUACUUCAUCAGUUUUAUUUAUUUUUUAUUUUUUUUAUUUUUAUUUUCUUUGUUUUUUUAUGUGUAUGUGUGUGUGUGGUGUAUGUAAAAAAAAUAAUAAAAAGACCUUGAUAAAAAAAAAGCACGAGGAGAAGGUGGAGAGCAACAUCGCGGCACAGCAUGUCAAGGCUUCUGGUGAAGAGUUACCAGAAAAUCAGUGACCCAAUGAGAAACAGACGAGCCAGAAACAAACCAAACGUAGAGCCCGACGUCGCUCCAAGAACAGGGACAAGAAGCCUGGCUGUAGGUCAGCACAGGGUCGUGACCCUGCCUCCUGAACCAAGUCGCUACAGCCGAGCUCACGCUAAUCAGCUUAGACUGAAACAAACUUUCGUUUCUUUUACAGUUUCUGGGCGAUUAUUUGUUUCCUGCACCCGAAACACAAAAAUUGACUUAAAAGCUGAUGAACGAUUCCCGCAGAUAAAACCAAACAUAACUCUCUGAUUCUGGAGCGUUUAGAUCAGAUGAUUAGUUAUUAUUUAUUCCCAUUAUUGACAGCUGCACUUAUUUACUGCAGCAUCGCGACUGGUCUGAUCAUCAAUAUUAAGGAUUCUAACUCGAUAUUAUACAAAAAGUCUGUUUUUUGCGAAUUGAAAUUUGAAUAAAGUUUUACAUAUGAAAAAAA